CCCCCCUACUGAAGACCGCGUGACCAGUAUUUACGGAAGUGCUAUUUUGUCUGCUGGUGUCGUGAUGUGUAGUUGGUCACUUAAUGUGUUUAUUGUAUAGAAUUGUACCAUCAGCAGGUUAAAUUACGUAUUUUGUUGUGUCUCUGUAAACCAUGAACAGUAGACGGAAACAGAAUCUACCUUCCAGCUGAUAAUUUAGCAUUAUAACCACAGAGAGGCUAACGUCACUGUCAGCUGUUCUCCUGCCAACAUGCUUCCUCUGCUGUUAAGUCGGAUUCGGAGGAUGUUCGUGUGACUCUCCACACAUAGUUUAUUAUCGAAUUGUUUCCGAAAACAUCGACUGUUUUCAGCAAAUUUUUCGAAAACACCGAAUAAAGCUAGCGACUAGCUUAAAAACCAUGGGAGCUGAACAGAGUGGCGAAUCGGAGCACAAACACUCCGACUACAGCUCCUCAGUGGUUCCAUCGCCAGCAAAGCAAAAGGCAAAGAUGGAUGAUAUUGUGGUUGUGGCCCAGGGAACACAGUCACUGAGAAAUAUCCACAAUGAUCCCGACGUCAUCAAGCUUCAGGAAAUACCAACCUUCCAGCCUCUUUUAAAAGGAGUGCUGAGCGGCCAGACCUCACCCAGCACUGUAUGUCUAGAACGACUGGACGCAGCUCAGGUUCUGCAGCUCUGCGUUCGAUACCAGGACCAUUUACAUCAGUGUGCCGAGGCUGUGGCCUUUGACCAGAAUGCCCUGGUUAAAAGAAUAAAAGAGAUGGACUUGUCGGUGGAAACCUUGUUCAGCAUCAUGCAGGAGCGCCAGAAACGCUUUGCCAAGUACGCCGAGCAGAUCCAGAAGGUCAAUGAGAUGUCCAUGAUCCUGAGACGCAUCCAGAUGGGAAUCGACCAGACGAUACCUCUGAUGGAGCGUCUCAACAACAUGCUGCCUGAGAGCGAGCGCCUGGAGCCCUUCAGCAUGAGGCCCGAUGGGGAUUCUGCCACAAAGUAGCUGCCAAGAACACAAGACGGCAGCUUCUUACUCAAGUCUACACACUCAUCUGUUCAAGAUUAAGUGCAGGUCUGUCCAUUUUUAGGAAUGUGAAAUAUUUAAAUACACUUUUUACUUCACUUAUUGCAGAACUUUGUAAUAAGAUACUUGUUCUUCAACAUUUGAGACACUCGUCAAUCUAACUCUGGCUUCACACCAGCUCUUCUGGACCAGAUGCUUAUUUGUACAGUGCUUGUUUAAAAGUCGAAAAGUCAUAAGAAAAUGAAGGGGAUAACAUGAACUUUAACAAGUCCAAAAAACUGCUUUUGUUAUGUGUGUGUGCUCAAAGGACCCAUAAAGGAAGCAAGCAACACAGAAGUAUCUUAAAAUACUUCAGGGAAGUAUUUUUGGAUCUUCUGCAAAACCUGCAGCUCCAUCCAAUAUUACCUGUGUGCAUCACGACUGACCUGAAGUCUGUAUCAGCGUAUACAUUUUCAAAGGCAACAAGGUAUUUCUCCUGUAUUCUGGUGUUGUCACAACUUUGUCAUGUGAAGAAAAAAUGCAACAAGUGACUCAACUAGUAUCCAAAAAUAGUUACAUUAAGGGGACAGAGUAGUUUUCACUCUUGAAUGAGAGGAAGUUGCAUGUUGAAAGUCCAUCAUCUUUACACUUUUCUCUGGUCAUGUGUCACGUCAAAUAUGUGAGCAGAAAUAACCAACAAAAAAAAUUGACUUAAAGAAUAAAGACUGUGUUGAAACUACUGUGAUAUCAGGGGAGCUGUGUGUCGAUCAAGGACAAGUUCAGCUCUGAGAAGAUUUGAUGGAAGGUUUUCAGCAGCGUUCUGUGAGCAGAUCCAUUUAUCAUGAAGAAUUAGCUGCAGCCGUUCUUCACUUGCUGUGACACGAGCGGCACUAUCAAAUUCUGCAGUCAUGAAUUUUUAAAAAUGUAAUUUUGUAGCAUAAUCGAUUUUGAUAUGCGUCGCAAAUGAUUUGCAAUUUUUGCAACGUGAUUCACGAGUUUAACAUAACAGGAGUGUAAAAUGUCAAUAUUUCCUUUUUAAACUUGUUUGAAAAUACAAUGUAAAAGCUUGGGUUAACCUUAGAUUAAUGAUAUUGACACACGACUAUUACCAAGCUCAUAGGUCUGCAACCUGUGGCUCCAGAGCCUCCUGAGGCUCUUCAGCCUCCUCUGGUUUGGUCCUUGUGUGAUUAUAUUUAAUGUUGGUGAAUUGACUAAAUCUGGCCUGCCAUUUAACACUCAAAUGAACCAAAGCUAGUACAGUGCAUGCUGUGCUGUCUUUAGUCACUGAUACUGUUGAGAACAGGGCUCAGAAAUUUUACAGAAAUUAACUUUAAACACAUUUUGAACCAAUUUUUUGCAGAUACAGUCACUGUCUACUUUAACUUAAAAAAAGGCUUUACACUUCACUGCACUGUACUUGACUGUAGUUAGUGUCAGAGUGAAUACUUUUCAUUCUGUAUGAUCAACAUCUGACUCGAUUCAACCUAGAAAACAGUCGUCUGUGUCCUUGAGUUUAAUCAUAUGAUUUCUGUACCUUAACAUAAGGAACAUCAGGCAGAAACUAGAGAUUUUCCAUUCAAUAUUUAACCAGCUUUUCAUGAGUAAAUACAGAAAUGUGAAAGAAAAAAAAAAUUCAAAGGUUGGCGGGAGCAGUCUUAGUCAUUAAGGAGAGAUGAACUGUGAGAUAAUAGAAUAAAAGCUGAUUUUAGACAAUGAAUUCUUUGAAAAGAGGAAAUGACAUUCAGUAUCCACUGUAUGUUCUUGUCUGGUUGUCCUCUCGCCUCUCUCUUCACAUCUUCAGGCACUUCUGCAGCCUCCAACUGUCUGUUGUCUGUACUGUGUCUGUACUGUGUCUGAUCUCCACCAGUUAAACUGAAGCAUUUCUGAAGAUCACCUGGGAUUAUUGCUGCUGUGUGAUCAAUGGUUUAUUUCUUUAUUUUUUUGUUAGUGCCUGUUUGUAGUGUACAUGUGUGGAAACAAAGUCACUUUCCGCAAAGACCGGGGUUAAAAACAUUAAACGCUGUAGUGGUGAGUGGCUGAUGGCGAUGUGA